CCUGCUGUAUGUGUUGGCUGCUGUUCCCUGCAUGCUGAGGCUUUGGACAGAUGCAACCUGCCGCUCAAUCGCUGUCGGGACUUUUUUUUGUGUGUGUGGAGAACAGCGUCCGUAUAAUGUCGCAGCUGAGGACGCGCAGCUGAAUGUGAAUAUUGUGGAUCCGCUGGUAGUUAAAAGAAAAGGUGAAAACACACCUUGCAUCCAGCCAUGGGAGGUCAGAUCACCAGAAAUACCCUGUACGAUUCUUUGAACGGGCCUUUUCCUGCCACAUCCCACCGAUGCCACCACAAGCCUAAAAGCUGCCUGCCUGUUCAGCCGUGCAGCAGUAUGUCCUCCUUCCCUCUGCUCUUCCACCCCAGCACCAAGGGCUCGCAGAUUGUCAUGGACAUGUCCCAGAGGACCGUCAAGAGACAGGCCAGCUUCUGUAACGCCAUCACCUUCAGCAACAGACCUAUCGCUGUUUAUGAGCAAGUUCGGCUGAAGAUCACAAAAAAGCAGUGCUGCUGGAGUGGUGCUCUGCGUCUUGGUUUUACAUCCAAAGACCCGUCCAGGAUCAACCCAGACACCUUGCCGAAGUACGCUUGUCCCGAUCUGGUCUCUCAGAGUGGCUUUUGGGCAAAAGCUCUGCCGGAGGAGCUCUCAAAUGAGGGGAACACCAUCUCCUUCUGGGUGGACAAGAAGGGCCGCGUGUUCUACCGAAUCAAUGACUCCAGCCCCAUGCUGUUCUUCAGCGGGGUUCAAGUCUCUGAACCUCUGUGGGCUCUCAUAGAUGUCUAUGGCCUCACCAGGGGGGUCCAGCUGCUAGACAGUGAGAUGGUCCCCCUGGACUGCUUGCGCCCUCGUUCUUUUGCUGCCACCCACCGAGCCUCUAUUCAGCGAAACAGCGAUGACCCUCGUCUUUCCAUCAGCCUGUGUGACCUGAGCCUGCAGCAGCAGGAGAUGCAUCUGGAGGAAGAUGAUGAGGAAGAAGAGCGGCUACAAUCCUUAAGCUCAUCUUCCUGCCAUGUGCCCCAAAACUCUCAAAACUCGCAGCAGUGCUCACUGCUGCCCAGCCAUUUGGACACUGAUCUGCACUUCCACUCAGUGCAUGGCAUCCAUGUUACUGGGCUGGAUAAGCACACGGUGGCGCGGCUGGAUCACCGCGGUGACGAAAGGACCCUGGUGUUCACCAGCCGGCCGCUGCACUGCUCAGAGACUGUCUUUGUGAAGGUGAAAGCCGGUGCCACACGGCCUGGUUCUCUUUCUUACGGCGUGACAUCCUGUGACCCAGCAACCCUGAGGCCCAGUGACCUGCCAUCCAACCCAGAGUCCCUGGUUGACCGCAAGGAAUUCUGGGCAGUGUGUCGGGUGGCGGUGCCACUUCACAGUGGAGAUAUCUUUGGCUUUGUGGUGAAUGCAGAAGGGGAGGUGAUGAUGAGCCAUAACGGCAUCAGUGCAGGGAUGCAGCUGUGUGUAGAUAACUCCAGGCCGCUCUGGAUGUUCUACAGUCUGCACGGUACCAUCACACAACUCAGGAUUUUAGGCUCAUCUCUGCAUCCAGAUCUCCGAGGCCCAUCAGUUCCCAGUUCUCCAUCCUGUACACCCAACACACCCACGAUGCUUUGCAGCGGCAACUCAGAGCCCAACCUAAGCACACCUUUUAACAUCAACCUCAAUUCCAGCCUCAACUCCAACUAUCAAACUCUCUUUUCUUCCUCCGCAGGUACAACGCCGAGCUCUCCGUUCUCCAGCCACCCAGAGUCCCCUACCUUCCCAUCCUGCUCAGGCUCGUGGAGCGACGAAUGCACUAUCUGCUACGAAAAUGUGGUGGACACAGUCCUCUACGCCUGUGGACACAUGUGUCUCUGCUACGCCUGCGGCCUCAAACUCAAGAAGAUGGCCAAUGCGUGCUGCCCCAUCUGCAGGAGGACAAUCAAAGACAUCAUAAAGACCUACCGGAGCACGUAGGCUUGUGUUAGACAAUGUGUUACAUCGUCAGGUUCAGCUCAAGAGGUUGUCAAAGCCAUUUAAGACUUUGUAAAGACGGACACAGCACAUGUGAAAGCCCUGCUUGUUUGUGUGUGCAAUCUGUCUCAGGUACUCUACAGCAGGACAUUAAACUCCAUCAUUUAAACAUUUUAUCUAUGUUACGUCAAAUGCACACGGUUGGUUCCUACCUGUGACGUCUCAGUAAGGACCCAGCAAUGAGAUUCAUCAGAGACCAUUAAGAGAAACAAAAUACUCUAUGUACUAGUGCAGUAACAGAAGAUUGGACCAAACACAUCAAACCUUGACCUACUGUUCUCCAGAGACUGUGUAUCUGUUGAAGAGAAAGAGUAAUCUGAGAAAGCAUCUGACCUACUUCCUGCAGAGAAACCCUUCAUUCUGCUGGUGAUAGCAUUGCUGCUAGCUAGAUGUAGAAGGAGUAAAAUUGUCAGAGCUGUGGGACAAGCAAGGAGAAUAAAUCUGUGGUUUCAUCAGCUGCUUCUCUACUGCUUGUCAAAUAGCAUUCGGUCAAAAGACAGUGUUGAAUCGAUUCUCUGCUAAAUCUGAGAGAAUAGCAACACAAGACAGUUUAACUUUCCUGAAUGUUUCCAAGAUUCCAGAGGCCAGUGAGGAAUGAGUAGAAAUUGUUGGUGAAAUUUUGAAGCAAAAUAAGCCAUUUUUAAUGCAAAUUCUCCUGUAAUGAUACACGAUGAGAAGCCUACAACUCAAGGGUAAAGAACUCCUUAAAGGAACUCUGUUUUGUAACGAAUGAAGCGUUUUGUCGAAUAUCUCACUACCUGCUGCCUGUGAACUUCAGGCAGGGUGAAAUUGUGUGAAGGGUAAGAAUGUGUGAACAUCGUCACCAUAGAAGGUCACGCUUGCGGUGAAUGAGAAUGUAAAUCUAAUCUGUGAAGAGGGAGGAGGCGGAGAGAGGAUGUCGUAUGUUUGGGAUGAAGACAGGGGAGGAAGGGGCACCUUUGCUGUGUGUCUGCACAGUGUUUGAUGCAAAGAGACUGUUUGCUCGUUCAGGCACAGAAGAUACAUCAGAACUUUUAUAUGAAAGCCUGUAAAAUGUGGGAUUUGCAUGGGGUUGCAUGUCCUGCUCCUUGGCAGCGGUCCCCACCAUCUCUGGCUGCUCGGUAAGCCUGGUGGAUGCUGUAAUUUGACAAAACUCAUGCAAAUAAACAUUGGUGGGCAGUGAGGUAUUUUUAAAAUGCUGAAAGAGCACAUACGGAUAACGAAUAAGCAUCUUCAUCAUUUCUAGUAACCCAUGAAACACAAUAAGUUACAGAUGGCUUUGCUUUCUUCAGGUUACACACUUCUCUUUCUUUUGUGUGUACAUUAAAUCAGAACAUGAAUAUUUGCUUUCAGUGAUGACAUAUUUUAGUACACUGUGUCUUCAAUUGAAAAGAAAAUUCACACGUGCAGUCAGUGACGACGAUGUAGCUUGUUAUUGUGGGACUUUGUGAGAAUUUCAUUUGCAUAUCAGUUGCUGAGUGCUGCUCUCCAUCAGUAAAAGCCAAUUCCAAGGACAUUUUCACAUGACUAAUCUCAUACAUUAUGUACUGCUUUUUGCUAAUUAAUACAAGCUAUUUUCAGGUGUUUUUUCCUUUUUUUUAUUUGGCCUUGCUAAAACAUUACUCCUGAUUUUUUUUUUUCCAUAGUGUUGACGCUUGUCAUAUAAUUUUCUGGAGGGAAAAUGAGCAAUUAUGUUGUUUGAGUCACAGUUAUGUUUUAGUACUGGUGUGCCUUUUUAAAAAGAGAAGUCUGGAAAACCUUUGGCUCGUUAGGCUCCUUUCUGUGAGGAGGUUCAUAUUAAUCUUUAAGUCACGCUUAUGUAGUUGUUAUGUCUCUGACGUUAGCAGGUAAAACCACACAACCUACCAGUUCAAAGCUGUUGUGUUUGACUUUGAAGCGAAUGUUUCAGUGUGCUUAAAGGUAUACUAUGCAGGAUGGUUGGUGUUUGUAAACACAGCGUUCAAAGUUGGCCCCUCCUCCCCGAGC